CUCAGUAAAGACAGAUAGAGAGUCAGGCGGCAGUAAGGGGUGGCUGUACGACCCUCUUUUGGGGGGGUCUGAUUAUAAAAAUAUAUACACACAUAUAUACACGCCCAGGCCGCGAGUUAGGUCCUAUGUCGAUAUUAGGUCUUUUUAGUAAGCAUAUAGCUAUAUCUCUAUAAUUUAAAAAAAUGCCUAUUUUACUUUUCCUGAUAGACACGUCCGCUUCUAUGAAUCAGCGCACAUAUUUGGGUACGACGUAUCUGGACAUUGCUAAAGGCGCGGUUGAGAUCUUUAUGAAGCUGCGUGCCCGAGACCCGGCUAGUAGAGGCGACAGGUACAUGCUAGUUACAUUUGAUGAGCCACCAUACGGAGUUAAGGCGGGCUGGAAGGAGAACCACGCCACCUUCAUGAGCGAGCUGAAGAACCUGCAGGCCUCAGGCCUGACCACGCUGGGCCACGCGCUGCGAGCCGCCUUCGACCUGCUCAACCUCAACCGCCUGGUCUCCGGCAUCGACAACUACGGCCAGGGCCGGAACCCCUUUUUCCUGGAGCCCUCUGUGAUCAUCACCAUCACCGACGGCAACAAGCUGACGCACACGUCGGGAGUGCCAGACGAGCUGCACCUCCCGCUGAACUCCCCCCUGCCGGGCAGCGAGCUGACCAAGGAGCCAUUCCGCUGGGACCAGCGUCUGUUCGCCCUGGUGCUGCGUCUCCCUGGGGCCACUGCGCUGGACAGCGAGCAGAUGGGCAGCGUGCCCACCGAUGAGUCGGCCAUCACGCAGAUGUGUGAGGUCACUGGAGGUCGGUCCUAUUGUGUGCGCACCCAGAGGAUGCUGAAUCAGUGUCUGGAGUCUCUGGUCCAAAAGGUUCUGAGCGGCGUGGUCAUAAACUUUGAGAAAACCGGGCCUGAUCCUCCUCUGGUGGGCGAAGACGGACUGGUGGACCCGGCUCGGCCCCUGCCCUCCUUCGGGCCCCAGGCCUGGCACAGCUGCCACAAGCUCAUCUACGUGCGGCCAAAUCCCAAAACCGGGGUGCCCGUGGGACACUGGCCCAUCCCAGAAUCCUUCUGGCCCGACCAGAACUCCCCCACUCUGCCUCCACGCACAGCCCACCCCGUGGUCCGGUUCUCCUGUGGGGACUGCGAGCCCAUGGUGAUCGACAAACUGCCGUUUGACAAGUACGAGCUGGAGCCCUCUCCCCUCACCCAGUACGUCCUGGAGAGGAAGUCCCCGCACAUGUGCUGGCAGGUAUUUGUGAACAGCAGUGGGAAGCACAACGACCUGGGCCAGCCGUUUGGCUACCUGAAGGCCAGCACCACCCUCACCUGCGUGAACCUCUUUGUCAUGCCUUACAACUACCCCGUCCUGUUGCCACUCCUAGACGACCUGUUCAAAGUGCACAAACUGAAGCCAAACCUCAAGUGGCGGCAAGCCUUUGAGAUCUACCUGAAGUCAAUGCCUCCCUACUUCCUACUGCCUCUGAAGAAGGCGCUGAGGAUGAUGGGAGCCCCCAAUCUGAUCUCUGACAACUUGGACUGUGGACUGAGCUACAGCGUCAUUUCCUACCUGAAGAAGCUCAGCCAGCAGGCGAAGAUGGAGUCGGACCGGCUGAUGGUGUCGGUGGGGAAGAAGCCCCCGCAGGAGACGGGGUUAAAGGUGAAGAACCACUCCAGCGGCCCAUCCCUGGCGCUCCGUCGCGACUUCAAGCAGCUGCUGCAGGGCAUCACCGGGGAGACGCCCCUCCGCCUCGCCGACGUCAACCUCAAGGAGUUCGCCGGCUUCCAGAUCGCGCUGCUCAACAAGGACAUGAAGCCACAAGCCUACCGGAAUGCCUUCGACAUUCCCCGCCGGAACCUUCUGGACCAGGUGACGCGCAUGCGCUCCAACCUCCUGCGUACCACGCAGAAGCUCAUCCGCGGACAGGACGAAGACUACCUGCACAGCAUCCCAGUGGCCCAGAUGGGGAACUACCAGGAGUACCUGAAGAUGAUGCCAUCUCCCCUGCGGGAGAUCGACCCGGACCAGCCCAAACGCCUGCACACUUUCGGGAACCCCUUCAAGCAGGACAAGAAGGGCAUGAUGAUCGAUGAGGCGGACGAGUUUGUGACAGGCCCCCAGAACAAGAAGCGAGGCGGCGCGGGGGACCCCAACUCGGGCGCCACGCUGAAGAGGAGGCGGAGCAUGUCCCCCUUGCUGCGGCGGCCGCAGACUCCGCCCAUCAUCACCAACCACGUGGUGGCGAAGGGGCCCUCAGGGGCCCUGCUGCAGCACGGCCUCAUAAAGCCCAUCCCGCUGCACAAAGGAGUGGAGGGGAACAGCGUGGUGGGGAUGGAGAGUAAUGGGGAGCGCAUACGGACUGGGGAGGUGGCAGACGGCUGGCCUGGAGGGCUGGACGGGGUCGGGACAGGCCUCCCCCUGGAGGACAGCGCUGGAAUGGCGGGGGGCGAAGGAGAGGACAGGGCGGGGCUGGAGGACAGGAUGGAGCAGGAUGGCCUGGACGAGGGGCCUCUGGGCCGGCCAGGGAACGGCGAGGAGCUGAGUCCUCCCGGCCACCAGGGGGUGCUGGACGAUGCAGACGGAGACCCGGCCGGCCCCAGGGUGGUCGUGGUGCUUCCCCUGGAGGGCAGCAACGCAGAGCUGCGCACUCGCGUCAUCAAGGAGGUCCGCAAGCCCGGCCGCAAUUUUGAGGCGAUAGUCCGACUGCUGGAGGAAGUGAAGGGACCUGUGGAAGUGCAGAGAUGCAUCAUCCAUCACGCCAUCAAAGAGGCAGCCAGGUUUAAGAAGCGGGUUCUGAUCCAGCAGUUGGAGCGGGCCCUGGAGGAGAUGGAGGAGAAACAGCUGCUGCUUGCUGGUCUGAACAGCGUCCACAGCACAUAGUGCGGGAGACAGGCCAAGGCCGAGACGCACCAGAGAGAGGGGAAGAGACCUGGGGCUGCGGUGUGGUGGAGAGGAGAGGAGAGGGAGGGAGGGAGAGAGAGAGAGACCCCACUCUCCACCUGGUAGCCAGCAGCAGCCUGGACUCUCAGGGUCCUCUCGCGCACGGACGAGGAAGAGGAGGAAGGUGAGGAAGAGGAGGAGGAAGGGUUCGAGAACGCACCCGUGUCUGUGAAGCACCCGAGCCUUCGUCACGGUGACGAACCCCACCCUGCCCGUCCGUCUGUCCCAGCGUCCGUGCGUGUGCUCCGCUGAAGCAGGCCCCAGCUGCGAUGGCCGCAGUCCGCUGGGAAACUGGAGCAUUGAGGGAUGCAGGGAGGGUUACGGGCCUGCAUCCACAACCCACGCUGGGCGUGUCUCACCAUACCAUCGAAUGAAUCGGUUAGCAAUAGAGGCGGUAUACUGGGUACCCAACCCGACAAGUACCUGAAACAGCUUUUCUAGGAGGAUAUAGGGCAAUGGGGCCUACACAAACUAGCAGCUGGUCUGAAACACCAGUCUCUGAGGGAGCUGCAGUGACUGCUAGUUUCAGGUGUGUCUCAGCAUUCAAAUAAGAAACCACAAAAUCCUGCAGAUACUACUGGCCCUCUAAGACUGGGGUUUGAGAUCAGCUGUGCACAGCUGAGCUUUCAUUCUCAUCUUCUGUGUCCUCCCUGCUGAAAAAAACAGCUCUAGCCAUGUUGUGAAACCGCUGGCAGCUGGUAAUGUAAGCUGGUCAUAGCUGGAUUUUACACCAGGGCGUAAGGUGGAAGGCACUGACACACUUCACAAAAGGUCAAUAUGUUUGCAGGUAGGAGGGCCUCAGGAACACAGUCAAUGGGGCCCGGGGGCAUAGACAAGGAAUCUUAUCUACCUCAGUUUUUAAAAAGUGUGGUGUCUUUUUUUAUUAUGUUUUCUUUUAUUGAUUCAUCUGUCUCCAUGUCCUUUGGGAGUGAAGCACGGUGUCGGUUCGGUCUGCUUGACGAUACGUUCCUCUCUAUCAACAUCGACCAAAAACCACCGUCUUUUGGUUUUUCGGUGUGUUUCAGCACUUACAUGGCUCAUUUAAGCCAUUGAUUGGCUGAAGAGUUCACGCAGCCUGUUCCCAAGGCUGUAAGUGGCUGCUUAUUGAAAUCAAACCGUGGCACAAACUCCAUGACUGGAGUUUUAACACCCCUACUCUAAAUCACACCGCUUAUUUGUGUAGCCGAUCAGGCAUGCUUUAAAGCAAUAGUGUCACAGCGCCAUUUUUAUGAAUGCCAUUUUGUUCACUUCCCAGUUGAAUAAGGGUAAAACCGGUAACAGCCAGCAUGUACAGCCAGUCUGUCACCAGAGAAAUAUGUGCUGGCUGUCAGAGAGCCCAACCCCCCCCCCACCUGCGUCUCACCUACAGCUCACAGCAUCCCGUAAUGUACGCCAUUGGUCGGAUUCAGAAGGCCGGAGGUCAUUCAGAAUCUCUGCACCCCGUCUCAUUGGACACUUGAUUGGACGCCUGCAAACAGCCCGUUCAGCAAAGCUACCUGCUUCUUCUGUUUCUCUUUUUUUGGGGGGUUUAUUUUUCAAAGAAAAAGCUGUAUACUACUUUUUAAAUGUUCAUACAUGCAAAAAUCAAGAGGUUAUUUUUGGACAGUAUUCUUUCAGAGCAUAAAAAAGGAAAUAUUUUAAAAGAGAAAAAAAAAAGUUGUAUAAAGAACAUUUUUAAGUGUUAUAUAUAAAAUGGAACAUUUUAUGAUUUUCUAAAAAAAACUAAAAUGAAUAAACAGAAAGGUACGAAAUGAA